AAAUGAUGUUUUUACAAUUAGAACAGACUGAUCAGAAUGAGACGCUCAACUUCAGGCAAAGCCAGCGAUAGAGGCAACACCUCUAGAGCUAGGAAACCACUCUAUAAAGGGUUUUAUCUAAUUGAAGAAGCUAUCCAAUUUGCUCAACAGUAUCUUGGAGACAGCUUUUUCGUUAGCCCUCAUCUUUCUCCAGAUUUGCAGGAACCUUCAGGAGAAAUCGUGAAGACCACUUUAGCCCCACUGGCGGGUGGAAGACAAUUAGUUCCCCCACUGGGAAUUAAUCAAUAUUUAAUCGAAGGAUCCUCCUCAACUUCUACAUCUAUUCCAUUAGUGGAUGACACUCAAAGGCAACUCAGGAUGUAUUUCAAUCCACAUGUUCCCUUACCCGAGCUGCCAGAUGAUUCAAGACAGCUAAUUUUCCAGAAAGCAGAAGCUUUAGGCCAUGCUAAAUUGAAGGCAAUUCAACAAUUCCUUCAACAGAUAGCCGAGGAUGGUAUUAACCAAUCUGGUAUAGGCUUCACAUGGGACACCUAUUAUUCCACUACAGAAGGAAGACUCAAAAGGUGUAAUAGGUGUGAAGGGGAGACUGCAGAUGGGAUUCCACUUGAAAGAAAUGACUGUCAAUGUCAACUCGUCUAUAGCAUUUGCAGAGCUUCUCUAGAUCUAUCCUCCUAUGAACCCAUUCAGUUUUUAUAUAAAGGGGAAAUCAUUGAGUUAACUCCACAGUUACUCCUUGAUUAUGGUUUUCUCUAUCAAUUAAUUUUUACAAAAAUGGCGGAUACUGAUCUUGUUGGAAGAAAAUUUGCCAUCGCUGUCUUAGAAAGCAUGCCUCCCAACUUUGUUGAGGCAUUGAUUCAGAGCAAGGCCCCUGAAUGGAAAGGUAGACAUUUGCUUCCGGCACAGCACAAAAUUAUUUUAAGAAGAAGGAGCAGUUUACCAUUUCUCUACAGAGAUGCUCAGGCCUGGCCAUCCACUACUCAGUCCCUCACAAAACAACUCAGACACUGGAGAGCUAGAACAAUGGCCCACAUGCAGGUCAUGGGAGAUGAUUUUUCUGCUGGAUACACCCUCUUUACUGAGGACAAUAUUCAGAAAAUUUAUCUUGAUCCUGAUGUGUUUAUUUACAGUCAGAGUCAAAGAGAGAUUUCCUUCUCACCUCAGACAAGCUACACUCAGCUACUAGAUAUUUACUCUGAGGAAUAUAAAAAUGAUGGAGAUCAAUACGAAUAUCGCGACGCUGAUUUGGGUGACGACCUUCCCAAUGAUGACCCAGAUGAGCCAGAUGAUAUAAACUUUUAUGAUGAUCUUGACUUAGUUGGAUGGGAAAAUCUUGAAAAUCAAAUGGAGGGAUGAUAAGUAAGACAAAGGAACAGGCAUGCCUCACUCCAAAGUGACUGUCAUGAGACAUGUUCCGAAAAAGCCGGUUACUUUUUAUCUUUCCCAAAAGAUAAAGAUGAUCGACUUCAGUUACCUCUGUAAAUAACCUUAGGGUUAAUUAAUCAUAGUUAGGUUU